AGUUGUUUUUCAAACUUAAUUACAAACUUUCAAACUUCAUUUAAAAAACAAAAAAAAAAAAAAAUAUGGCCAAAUUAUUCCAAAAUAUUUUCUUGGUAUUAGCCCUUGUUCUUGCCUUCGCAGCAGCCACACAAGCCGAAGAUUGUGGUGACAACAAAGAGUUUAACUCAUGUGGUUCUGCCUGCCCUGAUAGAUGUGGUGAAUCGGAACCCAGAGCCUGUACCAUGCAGUGUGUUAUUGGUUGCCAGUGCAAACGUGGCUAUAUGUUAAACUCGAAAGAUGAAUGUGUACUUCCAGAAGAUUGUUAAUGAAAGGAUUUGUUUUAAAUAAUAUUCCAACUAAAUAUGUAAAUACACAUACUUACAUACAUACACACAUAUAUGCAAGAAAAUAAAAAAUGUAUUUCAAAUAUAUUUUGAAUAUGCAACCAAA